AUUAAGAGGUAGCGCCUGUCAGGCUUAGCAGCUAGGUUGUUAGCAGUGAGUAGAAUACAGGUGAACUGUAAAGGAGGGCAGUUUCCAGCAGCACCGCUGUCUCCAGUUCAUUUGUUGGCUUUCGUGUUGAGCUGGACCCGGUAAAAAUGGCGUCGUUGUUGUUUGAGCUCCUUCUGACCUGAUUUAACACCUGUGUUAGCCUGUUAGCAGCCCUGGUUGUUGUUGUUGUUUAACGCAACAGCCCCCCCCCUCUCUAGUGCUUCUGCUUUGCCCGGACUCCCGCUGUAUAUCCAGCCGGUUUAAGGACACUCUCUCUCUCUGACAAGAUGUACCUGGUGGGACUGACAGGAGGCAUUGCCUCUGGGAAAAGCACAGUGUCUUCAAUGCUGCGGGAGCUUGGAUGCCCCAUUAUUGAUGCCGAUGUCGUGGCCAGGAAAGUUGUUGAGCAGCGCACACGUGCCUAUUCCUGCAUCGUGCACCACUUUGGGCCAGGGAUCCUGCUCGAGAACGGCGACAUCGACAGGCAGAAGCUGGGCCAAAUCAUCUUCGCCAGCGAGGAGAAGAGGAAGCUGCUAAACUCCAUCACCCACCCAGAGAUUCAUAAAGCAAUGCUCAAAGAGAUCCUCUUCUACUUUCUCAGAGGGUACCGCUACGUGGUUCUGGAUGUGCCGCUUCUCUUUGAAACCAGACGGCUCACUCGGUUUCUGAACCACACUGUUGUAGUUUACUGUGACCCUGCCACUCAGCUUUCGCGCUUGAUGCAGAGGGACGGCCUGACCCAGGAGCAGGCUGAGCAGCGUGUGGCCGCGCAAAUGCCGCUCAAUGAAAAGCGUGGCUUGGCCAAUCAUGUUAUUGAGAAUUCAGGCGGCCGGGAGGACACCCACCGGCAGGUCCUGCGGCUCCACACAAAGCUAGAGGACUCUAUGGACUUCCUCCUAGUCAGGGUCAUUGCCAUUGUUGCCACUGCAGGUUUGGGUGGGCUGCUGCUCUAUGCUGCAAAGAUACUUUUGUCCUAACAGAGGAAAGAAAGAUGAGUGAGGGCGGGAGGUUUUUAGUCCAAGAAGUGGUCAAAUAUGAGGGUGUGAAUAGAAACGGGCAAAAAGCAGGUCGGCGGUAUCGAUGCAAUUUACUGUGAAAUUAGUUUCACAGCACCUACCACUACAGCGCAGCCGUAUGGCGUGCUCUGCUGACAGUUAACACGGACUUACAUUACUGACAAAACUUGCACUGGCAAAUGUGGUUUAGUGUGAAAGGCUUCUCUGUGCAAUUUGUGUUGGUUUCACUCAGAGAGAAACAAUUAUAUGAAGGCGACACAGUCAAGCCUCACUUGCUGUACAGCUCCUACAUCUUUGCUCAUUUACGAGAGUGAUUUUCUCAGCUGUGACGGAAGAGCGGAGCUUAAAUUGCUGGUAAAUCUUCAUUUUUGUGUAGCAGCGCAUGCUAAACAUAACUAACCUUAAAAAAAAAACAAGAAGUCCAGAAAGAUUAUUGAAAACUAAGAGAUUUUAUUUUGUUACACCUUUUACACCAUAUUAGAUUAUCCAGUUUUUGAAAUGUUUUACUGUUUUACUUUUUAAUCUGUAGAGACAUUAAGAGAGCAAAGGAACAAGUAACAAUGGUGAAUGUCCCUAAAGCAAGCAUAUUAAUUGGACGCCACCUCUCUCUACUUCUGUCCCCAGUGCUGGGUAUGUUUUAAACUAUUAUACAUGUCAGAGAAAUAAAUGGUUAAAUCGGAAUAAUGUGACGCAGAAUAUGUAAAGAUUGUGAUAUGAAGAUUUAUGAGAGAAUGUAUUUGACAAUCCAUUUUUAAUGGGAACAGUAACAGAUUUGCUAUUUAUCACUGUAUUUUCUUACACUUGAAGUUCUCCUCUGUAAAUACGGAGUGUGGGAUUUUUUUUUCUUUGCACCUUUCAACUAAAAUAAUACAUUUGUAAUCUAAUAUGCUUAAGUUAAAUAAAAACGAUCCAGCACCUCUGUUUUAAAGUAGCUGGUAUCAGAUGCUGU